AUGGCAGCUUCACCACAAAUCGCAGUGGAUCCGGAUGUCUAUGUGGCCGAAUAUGGCGAUGAUUGGCAGUCGGAGACGACGUCUAUCGGAUCCUCAAUCUAUCAAGGCAUGAUGGAGAAUGGCAGACGGUAUCAAACGUUGAGUAGCAAAGAAUAUUUGAUUCCGUCCGAUGAGCAAGCGUUCGAGUCCUAUGAAGCUGGCCAUUUGGUUGCUCUCGUUCUAGACUCUGCCAGAGAAAAUCCGCUCUUCAGAGCGCCAAUCGGACAGGAUCCCAAACAUAUUCUUGAUCUCGGAACAGGGAAGGGUGACUGGGCCAUUGAUGUCGCCGAUAUGUUUCCAUCCGCCAAUAUCCGAGGAGUCGAUCUCUUCCCACCCCCAGUAACAUGGAUGCCCCCAAACUGCAUCCUCGAAGUCGACAACGUCCUCGAAGAAUGGACCUGGAGAGACCCCCUCGACCUAAUCCACAUGCGCUCUAUGAUCGGCUCAUUCGACACAGCGGGAUGGGAUCACGUGUAUGAAAGCUCGUACAAAGCACUACGCCCAGGAGGCUGGAUCGAACAACUCGAAGCAGAUCCCACGAUCGAAUGCAGCGAUGACAGUCUCCCAGCAGACAGCGUCCUGCGAACCUGGGGUCCGAUCACGCACGCGUGCGGCGCACGAGCCGGUCGUUCCCUAAGGACACUCGAUACGAUGAAGGCGGCGAUUGAGAAAGCCGGGUUCGUCGAUGUCCACGAGAAGACAUAUCAGUGGCUUAUUGGGCCGUGGGCUCGGGACCAGCAAUUUAAAGAGGCAGGUGUGGUCAAUUUCCAGCAUUGGAUGAGUGGUAUGGAGGGCUGGUGUAUGUGGCUGCUUACACAUUUUGGGGCGCCGCAUCCUUGGUCGAAGGAGGAGGUGACUGUCUAUUUGGCUAGGAUGCGGAAGGAUAUUAAGAAUCCUCGGUAUCAUAUUUUCCAAAGAGCACGUCGUGUGUGGGCUCGCAAGCCUUUCCCUGAAGAAUUGGAAUCUAAGGGAGUCCCGAUCAAAGAGGAAGUGUGA